UAUUACAAAAAUGUACUGCACUUUAUUUUCAUAUCUACUUAUACUAAUUCUUCUUCAAUUUAAUGAAAUUUAUGCUUGUGGUCCCCUUCCGUCGGUGCCCUUUGUGGAUACAAACCAGUCAACGUCCAUUAAGUAUGCCAACCCUGGAACUGUACUUCGUUUCAGGUGCAAAAAUUCAACAUCUUCGCCUGAACUUCAAGAGAAACUUGCAGUGACAAUGGUCUGUCUCUCCAAUCACACAUGGGCGGUCCAUGGGGCCUCGCGAUGUGAACCUGAGAAGUGUUAUAUUGCUUUUGCAAUAUUCCUGACGGCUUCGGUUAUAGCAGUUUCAGCAACUCUGAUUUACAUCGCAUCACUGACCAUUAUUUGGCUUGUGAACAGAAAAACAAGAUAUCAACAAUUAAUCAAGGACGCUGAUGACGAAAUUUACAGAAAAGAACCAUUGAAAACAAACAUUUGAAGAAAUUGUGAAGUCACAAUAAUCAAUUGACUAUAUUAGUUUCUUUCCUAACAAAUAUUUAAAUUCAAUUAUACCUUUUUAGUUAACCAUUUAUUUGUACACAGUAUCCUAA